AUUAAAAGGAGAACUUAAGUUUUGGCCGUGACCUAAUUUUUCCCCUCUCCUAUACUUUCUCUCGCGCGGCGUCGGGGUUCUCUUGGGCGAAAUCGCAGCCGCCGCCAGGAUUCCUUCCUCCGGUGGCCGGCGAAGGUUCCCUUCCAGCGGAUCUUCACCAAUCGAGACCACCUCGGCAGGAGGGCCCGUAGGCACGAGGAAGCGGCCGGGAAACUCAAGCUUCGCCGCGAACCCUAGAAGGGAUUUUUGCCGGCUGUAAGUUCAAGAACGCAAGACAUCUCAAAGUUUUAAAUUUGUGCUUCAGAGGAGAGGUGACUACGAAAUGUCCGGCAUUGAGGACUCAGAUGAAAGCACUCAUGGGAUCAAAAGGCUCGCGAGUUCAGGAAGUAAAGCUAAAGAACAUGUGAAACAGUUGCAGAGACUCCAAGAGAAGGAUCCUGAAUUUUAUCAGUAUCUGAAAGAGCAUGACAAGGAGCUGUUAGAGUUCGAUGCAGAAGAGAUUGAUGAUGAGGCAGACACUGAUGUGGAAGUGGAUGCUGACACUCAUGUUGCUGUACAAGAAGAUAAGCAAACAGAGAAAGCAAUUACUGCUGCAAUGGUUGAUUACUGGUGCAAGGCAAUCAAAGAUUAUAAGAGUCUUCAUGCUCUUAAAUCCUUGCUGAGAGCAUUUCGAACGGCAUGCCAUCAUGGAGACGAUAGUGAAGAUGGUUCAACCCCAAAGUUAAAUAUUAUUUCAAGUAGCGUAUUCAACAAGAUAAUGGUAUUCGUGCUGAAUGAAAUGGAUUUUAUACUCCGUGGUUUGUUAAAUGCUCCUAACACUGGAGGGAAGAAGGAAACAAUAAAGAAUCUCAUGGCAACUAACUUAUGGAAUAAGUAUGGAAUGUUAAUGAAAUCAUAUCUCAGUAGCGCACUCCAUAUAUUAACCCAAAUGACAGAUGAGCAAAUGAUAUCAUUUACUCUAAAGCGUGUCAAGGCAUCAGCUGUUUUUUUAGCUGCUUUUCCUGCUCUCUUGAGGAAGUAUAUGAAGGUUGCACUUCACUCUUGGGGCAGAGGAAGAGGUGCUCUUCCAGUUGUUUCCUUUCUGUUCAUGAGAGACUUGUGUGUUCGACUUGGUUCUGAUUGUCUUGAUGUAUGCCUUAAGGGAGUCUACAAGGCUUAUGUUCUAAAUUGCAAGCUGUCCAAGUCCAUAAGUAGAUCAAAGUUACAGCAUAUACAAUUUCUUGGAAAUUGUGUGGCUGAACUUUAUGGUAUAAAUCCUCUAGCAGCGUAUCAACAUAUAUUUAUGUACAUACGACAAUUGGCAGUGGUACUUAGAGGUGCCCUCACGGAAAAGGGAACAAAGGCAGUGAAAGAGAAAAAUCAACAAGAAAGCACAAAGAAGCAAGUUCAGAAGGCAUAUCAGAAGGUCUAUGAUUGGCAGUUCAUAUUUUGCCUUGAAGUUUGGACUGGGGUUAUAUGCGCAUUCAACUUGGAAGCUGAUUUUCGACCUUUAGCUUACCCUUUAACACAAAUAAUUUAUGGAGUAGCAUCUUUGGUACCAACUGCUCGAUAUUUUCCACUGCGGAUGCGAUGCAUAAGAAUGCUAAAUCGCAUUGCUGAAGCAACUGGUACCUUUAUUCCUGUGUCUUCCCUUCUUCUUGAUAUGCUGGAAAUGAAAGAACUUAAUGGUCACCCUACUGGAGGUGUUGGUAAAGCAAUCGAUUUGCUCUAUGUCAAGCAGGUAGACAAGACUACACUAAAGACGCAUUUAUUCCAAGAAGCUUGCUUAUACAGUUUAGUUGAAGAACUCGCUGAACAUCUGUCUCAGUGGAGCUAUUCAGUGGCCUUUUUCGAAUUAUCAUUUAUCCCACUUGUUCGGUUACGUAGCUUCUGCAAAUCAACAAAAGUAGAUAGGUUACGAAGAGAAAUAAAGGAGCUCGUCCGUCAGGUUGAGGCAAGCUGUGAAUUUACGAACUCAAGACGGACAAAGAUUGAAUUCUUGCCUAAUGAUCCUGCUUCUGCAUUAUUCCUUAAGGCUGAAAAGGAAUCUGGAGAUAGUCCUCUUUCCAAAUUUGUCAGUUAUUUACGCCAGAGAUCAAAACAAAGGAAUGAUUCUCUGGUGGAAUCUAGUGUUCUGGUUGGUGCAGAAUCUUCUGUAUUUAGGAAGAAGCUACCUGAACUCGAUGAAGAAGAUGAGCAAGAUCCUGAAGAAGGAGCUGCAGUCUUCAGCGCAUCCUGGUUGCCUGAAAAGAAAAAAAAAGUUAUCAAGGAAAAGACCUCAAAGAAGCGAGCAUUCGAGCGUGAUCGUGAUGGUGAUGGUGAUGGUGAUGGUGAUGGUGAUGAUGCAGAUGAAGACGUGGUUGAGGAUCUGGUUCUCAGUUCAGAGGAAGACGAUAAUGAUUUUGAUGAAGGCAAGGAUGGAGACGAGAUGAAUCAGCAUUCUGUCAAACAGGACAAGAAGCUAACGGCUUCUUCAUCCGAUCGGAAAGAAAGGAAAAAAAAGUCAGCAACUGAUUUCAAGAAACAAAGCAAGCCUCGCAAGAAGAAAGCCAAGAAGGCAGUUAAAACUUGAAUUGGAUGAGGAACAUCAUCAGUGUCGCUAAUUCUACGGGUCAGAAACAAGAUUCAAAGAUUCAUGCUACUUGUUGAAGCCUGCGGUAUGAGCAUUUAGGGAGCUAACUACACCGCCAUGUUGAGAUCUUGGUGACUUUAGCCUUCUUGUUUACUGCAUACAUGUGUUUCGUUUAUCAUAUAUAUUUCAGAACAAUGGGUGUGAGGAGGAUUCAAUUUCUAAAUGAAUUGUUAACAAGAAUUCUAUUUGA